CACUUCCGGGCGGCAGGGGAAGUUGUUCCGGUACAGAGAGACUCUAUCCAUCGCAUGGUCCAUGCGAUUCACUGGUGCAGCUGUUACCUUAUUCCCAAAGCAAACACGUUGAACACGUAUAAUUUCUUUCAAAAACCCCAAAUUGACUAGCCGAGUGAGAACUCUCCGGGUUUUAUCUGGUUUUAUCAGCUGUCGCGACUUCCGGUUGUUGAUAUCUCCCAUCGCUGUGUGAGCUAACUAGCGGUAGCGGCGUUGCUUUAGGGGGAAAAUGGCGGAUGUAGCGGAGAAGAGCCUGGACGAUUUCUUUGCCAAAAGGGAUAAAAAGAAGAAGAAAGAGAAGACGAAGACCAAAGAGUCGACUCCGGUCCCCACCCAGACCGUCCUUGUAAAAAAGAUAAAGAAAGAAAAGGAAAAAUCUGCCAAAAAUGAGAACCCAGACGCGCCCGUUGAGAAGGACGAGGAGUGGAAGGAGUUCGAGCAGAAGGAGGUAGACUACAGCGGCCUGCGGCUCCAAGCUCUACAGAUCAGUGACGAAAGAGAGGAGGAGGAGUACGAGAAGGAGGAGGUGGGUGAGGAUGGAGAGAUCAUCCUGGUCAGUGGAGACAAAAUGUCCGGACCCUGGAACAAGUCCGGUGCCCAACCCCAGCCCGCUGCACCCGUGGAAGAGGAGGAGGUGCCAGAGUCGAAGCCCAGCGGGGUGUACCGCCCCCCGGGGGCGCGGCUGACCAGCAACAAACGAGGCCCCGCCCAUGGGCCCCCUGAGAUCUACAGCGACACCCAGUUUCCCUCUCUGCUGGCCACAUCCAAGCACGUGGAGACGCGCAAAGACCGGGAGUUAGAGAAGACCUUUGAGGUGGUGAAGCACAAAACCCGCGGCAGAGAAGAAGGCGGCGGAGCUACUCAGCAGCAAUUGCAGCUCGACAACCAGUACGCCAUCUUGGGGGAUAAGUAGAGCUGCCCCCUUUUGAAACCCCGCCCCCUCCCUCAUAGGGUGGUCCGGCCCUGCCCCCCAAAGAAGGAAGAUGAACUCUAGCCAGCCAUGUACAAUGCAGUCCUGACAACUUUUGCGCUGCCACCGUCUAACACAAACACUCAUACACGCACACACACUCUUACACACACACUCUGUCCUACGCACACGCACAACUGAAUUCCACAUGGAACCAACCUCCCCUGAAGCCCCCGCCCCUCCCCCUCACGUUGACUGACUGCUAACACACCCGGUGGCAGCGCUGCAGGCUGUGAGUCCACCGCCACCACCAUGGGGCAAAUAGAGAAAAGAACCAGAAUUGACCCAACCAAGCACCCAUACCUUCUACCACCGCCGCGGCCCCCAUCGCUGUGCUUCUCUGGGGGAUGAAACCCAGCGGACAUGCGGUGGCUUUCUCUCUCUGGACCCCCAGGGUGUUUAAGAUGACUCCGUGUCCAGAUGAUUUUAUGAACUUGCGUUGAAAUAUAUCAAUUUUUUUUUUUUGCAAGAUGGCUCCUCUGCCCCAAUCACAGGUGGUGUUUUUUUUGUUAAGUUUCUGUUGGGUGGGUGUGGACGAUGUGGUUUGGACACUCAGUGGGGUGGGCAGGCAGGCAACAGCAAGGCUGAGUGGACUGAACUACUUGCUGUGGAGGGGAGGAGGGGGGAGGGGUUUACAACAUCUAGCCCUUACAUGCAAGAUGGCUGCUUUCAUUCUGUGUUUUUGUUCUUCAUGGUGAGACUGUAAAAGAUCUAAUGGAGGAGAAAUAAAAAAGUGUCGUGGUGGUGAUUUAGAAGUGCUGUUAAACGUGGCCUUACUCUUUUCAAGAAAAGCCCAGACGCCUGAUGUGGUGUCUCUGGAUCUUUGGAGCACAGAAGGAAAACAACCAGGUGGUCUGUCCUCCACACUCGCACUGUGAUCCUCCUAACGCUUCUGGGCUCCACUCCAACGGCGUAUUUAAUCAGUCCUACUUCAACGUCUUUCCAUGUUUUUAGUUUUCUAGUUUUUUGGUUUGGUUGCCAUGCGAUCAUGGAUGUUACAGGGGUCGACUCGCUAGUCAGCAACACCACCUCUGGGUUCUAUGGACAGAUCUAAAAUCCUAUUUCCAGUUCAAAUGCUUUACGGUGUGGUUAAUAUUGGUCCUCUGUGUAGUGAAACACAUUCCCCGUAUUAGACAUCUGGAUUUGAUUGUGAUUUUUCUUUUAAAAAUAAACAGUAUAUUCAAAAACUUCUGGACAGGCUUAAUUUAGGACCCACUACAGUCUACUUUGCUAAUUAACAUAGUCCAUAAUUAGGCAGACCACCAUGUACUUCUCGAUAAUUGUUUUGGUAUUACAAACUUAAGUUGGCACUAGUUGACAACUGAACAUCUGCCUCUAUAUAUGCACAGGUGGAAGUAGUCCUGUCAACACAAACCGUAACAAGACAAUAAAGUGAUCCUGGUGACUG